AUGAUGAAUGAAUUGCCGCAGGUUAGCAGUACUACUUCGUUGUCAGACAAUCCUCAGUUGAGGCAGUAUUAUGAUAAGUUUUUGUUUAAGAACAGCAGUGGCAAGUCGCUAUCGGACUUGCCAGCAAAAGCAAGGGAACAGGCUAGGAGUAAUCUCAAUCCGGAGGAAGGGUUUAGUUCUGGGACUUGGACAGGCACUGGUGCUAGUCUAGAUAAUUCGGUUGGGCAAGGUCGUGGUCAAAGUCAAGGGCAAGGACAAGGGCAAGGGCAAGGGCAAGGGCAGGGCCAAAAUCAAAGUCAACGCCAAAGUCAAGGUCAAGGUCAUGCUACCGGCACUGGACCUGGUAACGUUGAUUUUAUUAGUGGUUUCAGGAAUCCCAUGUACCAAAUGGAUGCUUCUCCUAUCUCGAGUUCAGGAUCACAUAAUCGCGCCAGUAUGUCAUUUUCGGAUGCUAUGGGUGGUCCUCAGGCAGCUGCGGCUGUUGGUGGGCCAAUGGGUGGUUCCAUUCCAGAACCAGUUCCAGGCUCCUCUUCCAUGUUCCAGUUUAGUUAUAGCGGUCCCGGUUCAAUUAAUGCACAGAACCAGCCGUUUGGUAUGGUUCCACUUAGUGCGUCGGGCCAUGCACAGGAUUAUUCAGUAAUUACCGGUGGUCCUCAGCAACAACAACAUAUGAUGCCCCCUCAUUUGCAAGCGCAAGUACCGUAUGGUCCAGGCCCUGGUGUUCCUGGAAACAUGGCAUCAGCUUCUAUACAACAGGGUCAAGUCCAAGGCGGAGGUUCCAGAGGUGCCCCUCAUUCUAGAAAUAACUCAGUCGUAUCGGCAAGCUCAGUGUCUCCCUCGAGCUACUAUGCGGCUUUGAAUCAAACAGUCUCACCAAGUGACCAGCUGUCGCCAUUGAACAGUGCUGGAAGUAGCAGUUAUGGUGCCGGCGCCAUGACUCCUUCUAAUUUAACCUUUGGCCAGGACUCAAACAAUUUCAUUGGUGAUAUCCAUUCUAGUGGUAGGAGAUCAUCUUACGUGUCUGAUGCUUUAAUUCAUGGACAUUCCUUGAACAAUCCGAAUUCUAACUUUACCAUUGGUGGCGGUUCGGGUAAUACUGGAGGGAAUAGUAAUCAACAAAGGUUCUUUACCCAAAGACAAUCCCUCUCAGGUAGUGUCAGCGGUGGAGGAAACGGUUAUCAAUCUCCAAGAAACUUCCACCAAAUGAAGCAUAACAGUGUUAGUAGCGGUAGCAGUGGACCAAUCACUACAAACAUGGGGUCUGUACCUGGCCACCAACAACCUCCUUUGGCUCUGUUAUCUCAAAGUGGGAAUACUAACCCACAAACAGUUUCUGCUGGUUUGCCUCAGCAAGGUACUUUCCCAUUAGACAAUGGAUUAUUGUUACAGGAUGGCCAAAUCGUUUCUUCCGAAAGUCUAUCGCAAUUAUACAAGGAAUGUGGAGAGAACUUUUUCGCUAGUAAAUCCUGUACUGAAUUUGUUGAUGCGGUCAAGGCACUAAUAGUUGGUACUUCUGAAAAUAAAACUAGAAGUGAAAAAGUGCAGAAGUUCUUGGGAUUCCUAAAGAGCUGCAACUUAAAUUAUAACCCUCAGUCGGACGCCUUUGUUUCCACUGGUAAGCACAGAAGAUCUUCAACGAGUAGCUACUUACAUUAUAGACCGUUGGUUUUGGUGGCAUUGAAGAACGGUAAACUAGAAUUAUUGUCUUUGCCUCAGGGUACCAAUUUAAAGCUCGCUCGUGAUGAUUUGAUUAUAAUUGACGGCGACCGUGGUAAGGAUUUAGCGGUUUGUAUUGCACCAGUUGUUCAGUUAGAGCUAGCUCUAUUCAUCAACUUUUUGAAGAAGAAGAUCCAUUUCGACUCGUUGAUCACUUCGAGGAACCAGCAUUAUCCAGCAGAUAAAUUUAUUGACGCCUUGAUGAAUAAUGCAAAUGGAUCUCAGGAUGAUUUGAAUCCAAAACUAUACGACGUCAUUGAAUUGACUCAAUUAAUAAUUCCUAGCAAACAGAUUUUACGGUUUGCUACGCCAUGGGAAUGUUUUACCAACCUUCAUAGCAAGUUCCAAGAUGAACUAAAGGCUCUCCAUAUCGCACAGUUGAAAUUAAAGACUUUGAAUAGCAAUAAUGCAGUUAAUGGUAAACCUAGUUUGAACAUCAAAAUUUUGAACUCUGAAUUUCAGUUUGAUAGAAAGAAGCUUACUUUCUAUUACAUUUGUCAAGAACGUAAUGAUUUCCGUGAAUUGAUCAAAGAGUUGUUCAAGUUUUAUAAAACAAGAAUAUGGCUAUGUGCAAUUCCAAAUAAUCUCGAAAUUGAUAGCAAGUACUAUGAUAACGAAAGGAAAGAGUGGGCCAUGUAUGAGGAUAUGAUGAAACAUUUCCAACAAGAAGAACUAAGCGAUAACAACCUUCCUCCUCAAACAGGUUUCAUUGUAGCACCUUCUUUGAAAAACAUCCAAUUGGACAAUUUCCAAAUUGGAGUGUACAAAGAACUAGUUAACUCCAUGUUCUGA